ACCAAAAACAGAUUUAUGAACAUGAACCGAAGAUUGAUGCUGCAAUCGAUGAAGCUAGUGACUAUAAUAAUCACGUCCACGACGUUCAAUUUCUUCAAUUUCCAUCUCAAAAACAAAUUUAUGAACGUGAACCGAAUAUUAAUAAUGACUGCAAUAAUCACGCCCACGACGUCCAAAAGCAAACUUAUGAAUAUGAACCGAAAGCAAGCGGCGAAGUUAAUUCAAUGAAUGAGGUUAAUAAUACAAUUAAUGAAGCUAUUUGUGACUAUAAUAAUCACGUCUACGACGUUCAAUUCCCACUCCAAAAGCAAAUUUAUAAACAUGAACCAAAAGAAAAAGGAGAUAUUGAUGCAACAAAUAGGCCUGGAUAUUGUUAUAAUAAUGGAACCGAAAAAAAGGAUAUCAAAGCAUUUGGACUGAUUAAAAAAACCAUGGAAAUUUAUGCAUUAGAUGGGCAAGAUUAUGAAACUAUAAAUCUUGGCUCUAAUAUUUUUAGAGAAACUCUAGCUAAAGAUUAUCCUAUAUCGCAAAAGCGAAUUCAAUUUAAACUUGGGCAUUGCUAUGAUAAAGUAGAAACUGAAACACUUAAAUUAAUUAAAAGACUGAAUCAUUCUCAGGAUGACAUUUUAGAUGCCAAGCAGAUACUAAAUGUUCUUCGAUUCCAUACUUAUUCGUUGUUUAAAAAUGUUUUUCAUAACGGCAUUCGGAAAAAAUUAGCAUUUCGAAAAAAAAAUUAUUGCAGUCGGAUCAAUCGUAGAAAUCGCAGAAGAUAUAAUCCAAAUCUUUCAAUAUACCGAACAAAAAGAUGUUGAUUGAUAUAAAUAUAUAAUCCAAAUCUUUCAAUAUACCGAACAAAAAGAUGUUGAUUGAUAUAAAUAUAUAUUAUAUUAUAUAUUUAUAUGAAUGUCUUUGAACUUAUAAACGAGCACUGAGCACUCUAUCAAGAAUAAAAUAUUUAUAUGCAGUUUUUAUUUAUUAUCUUU